AUGGCUUUUGUACAUGAAGGAAUGAAAAUAAACCAUCUAAAUAAUAAGGAUACAAAAAAUACUGAAUAUGAAGAUAUAUCUUGGUCAGAAAUCUUUAAUAUGAUGUACAAUGAUGCAAGGUACAUUGCAAAUCCUGUAGUUAAUAUGUUUGAAUAUAUAUUACCAGAUCCUAAUGCAGUUGAUGCAUUGGAAGCUAAAAAGAAUAUGGAAUCUAGAAUACCUGUAUCUACAAAUAAGAUGACAAAACGUUUCAAAAUUGGUAAUCCAGAUAUAAUAAGAAUAGUAGAUGAUAGUACUGGGGAAGCAACAUUAGUACCAAGAACACAAACAUAUAAGUUAGAACAAGAAUAUAGUUGUAAAAAUAGAUCUGGAAGUUUACCUAAGCGUAGUUUAAUUAAUCCUCCAGAAUAUGAACAAGCAAAUGAUCCUGAAGAUAUACUAGAGACCGCAAUAGAUGAAACUGAGUUGGUAAAUAUCAAACAAAUGACUAGCUUUACUCCGAAUAUUAACCCUCAAAAUAAAUUAUCAUUAAUUCAUUCUAGAACAACACCUAGUACAGUAAUUGAUGAAGGAAUAUCCAAUUCAUCAUCUCCAGAGACUUACAAAAUAGAAAAUAAUUUCUGCUCUAGUUUAAGAAAUAGUUCAAUUUUAAUUCCAAGAUUAUCAUUACCUCAGGAUAAUAUUGAAAGACAGAAAUAUGUUGAUUCUAAGAUAGUUUUAGAUCAUAGUAAAUUUCCAAAUCAUUAUCUUCAUAAUUAUAAUGUUAAUAAUUUAACUAAAAAUAUACAUAGAACCAUUUUGACUCCUCAAGAAGAAGCUUUAAGUUUAUAUUCAAAGAAUGAAUUAGAAAAAAUUCAAAAUUUUGUUAAAAAGACUUAUAAUUUAAUUUAUGAAGGUCCUCUUGAAAAGAAAAAUCCAUGGUCAUGGGGUUAUAAACUACGAUGGGUAAGGUUAGCUAAGUGUGAAAUGGAAUACUUUUUAUCACCCUAUGAAAUGCAACAAGGUAAGAAUCCAUUGGGAAUUUUAAAUUUUAAGGUAGCAGAAUGGACAUCAAAAGUAUCAGAUAAAGAUGAUAAAGUAUUUUUUGUACAGGCUAGAGGUAGUAAUAGAGCUUAUGAAUGGAAAGUACCAAAAAAUUCACAACAACUUAGAAAAUCUUGGAUAAUUAGAAUAGAAAAGAUGAUUAAGGCAUCUGCAUUUAUGCAACAACUAAAGGGGAUAUUGGAGAUAAACUAA